AUGUCACGGCGUUCGUCCCAAGUUCUUCACUCCGCCGUAGCCCCACUUGGCCUAACCCUGCUGACCCUCCCGCUCCUCCUGCUCCUCGCCCUCGUCGUAUCGCCGCUGCUUCCCGCCGCUGCCGCCGCCGCCGGAACUGCAGACGGCUCGGGGCGCACCAACAUCAUGGCGGCGGGCCAAUCAUCUCUCGAUAGCAGCACAUCGCUUGGCGUGAGCACCGAUCUCGGUAUGGCAACGGAGCUGGGCGGUGGUGGCUCCCAACUAUCCGUAAAGACCGCGUCUGCCGCCGACGGCUCUGAUCGCACGAUCGGUCUUAUGGCGAUGACGGCAGCGGCCGGCAAGGGUACUACGGGGACUGGGGGGAGCAAAGCAACGGGAACCGGUGCGCGGAAGGUGCCGGAAAUCGGGACGGGCGCGGGGAAAGGCACGAAAACGGGCGCGGGGAAAGGCACGGGGACGGGCACGGGGAAGGGUACGGGGACGGGCGCGGGGAAGGGUACGGGGACGGGCGCAGGGAAGGGUACGGGGACGGGCGCAGGGAAGGGUACGGGGACGGGCGCAGGGAAGGGUACGGGGACGGGCGCAGGGAAGGGUACGGGGACGGGCGCGGGGAAGGGUACGGGAACGGGCGCGGGGAAGGGUACGGGAACGGGCGCUGGGAAAGGUACGGGGACAGGCGCAGGGACAGGCGCGGGGACAGGUACGGGGGCUGGCGCGGGGACAGGUACAGGAACAGGCGCGGGGAAAGGUACGGGGACAGGCGCGGGGAAAGGUACGGGGACAGGCGCGGGGAAAGGUACGGGGACAGGCGCGGGGAAAGGUACGGGGACAGGCGCGGGGAAAGGUACGGGGACAGGCGCGGGGAAAGGUACGGGGACAGGCGCGGGGGGAGGUACGGGAACAGGCACGGGAGGGGGAACGGGGACAGGCGCAGGGGGGGGUACGGGAACGGGAACGGGAAGCCUUGCAGGCAAGGGGAAGGGGAAAGGAGGGGGGAAGUCAAGGGGCUCCGGAUCUGGCUCGGGAAAGGGAACAGGUACGGGUGGAGGCUCGGGAACAGGUUCGGGAACGGACGCUGGAUCUAAAUCGGGGAGGUCGUCGGGGGAUGGCGGAGAUGUGAUCCGCGGAGGGGGAAGUGGAGCGGGGAGCGGGACGGGGAGCGGGGGGGACACUGGUGGCCAUACCGGUAGCGGGGGAACGGGGAGUCAGACCGGCGGAGGGCAAGCGAGUGGAGGAGGCGGAAGUCAAAACGGAGGAGGAGCGGGCUCCGGAGGCGGAGCUUCAGGCGGCGCUUCAGGCGGAGGGUCAGGUGGAGGGUCAGGCGGAGGGUCAGGCGGAACGCCAGGUGGAGCGUCGGGGCCCAUCCUGACUGUGGAGCAGGAGGCAACGCUGGCGAAAGUGAACGAGGUUUUGUCGUUUCUGUACGAGAGGAAAUUCUCGGGGGUUGCUACAGGCAUCCGAAUGAGCGGUAUGAAUGAGACGCUGAUGAAUACACUCCUCACCAAGAAUGUUACGAUCUUUGCGCCAACCAAUGGAGCGUAUUUCCGCAUGCCCAAGAAUACGCGCUUUGGAGGGCUGCAAAGGAAGAAGAGUAUUCUCUGGCAGGUGAUGGCCUAUCACGUGCUGCCACGUCGGAUGGAACUCGAGGACAUCAAGGCCCUUGGUAAUGGAUUUCAGUUGGAAACGCUUGAUAAACUACCGCUGAAGAAGAAUCAGACGGACUACUGGUUGAAGCUAUACAGGAUGGAGGACACAGAAGGAGCGCGCGUCCUCAUCGGCAACAUGUACUCGAGCCCAUCGAUUGUCGUCCACGCGGUCGAUACCGUGCUGCUCCCAUCCAGGGUCAGAAACAACGGCACGUGGACCCCGGUGUAG